AGUAUAUAAGGGUGUCUAGGCUUCCCCUCUUCCUCAUCCAAACCUCAUCUGUUUCCUAUCCUUCGUUGCUUGCCUGCGUUUAUUACGUUCGUUCUGAACAUCUGCGUUCAUUUUCUUCCUUCAUUUUUUUUUUCCCUUCCCGUCAACUUCUUCCAAGUUGAAGGUUCUGUGAGAAGCUUGCAAUGGCGGAUGGUGCUUUGACCCGCGUCCACAGCCUCCGUGAGCGUUUGGAUGAAACUCUGGUUGCUAGCCGCAAUGAAAUUGUGGCACUCCUGUCCAGGAUCGAAGCCGAGGGAAAAGGUAUUCUGCAACACCAUCAACUUGUUGCUCAUGUUGAAGCAAUUUCUGAGGCCAACAGACAAAAACUUCAGGACGGGGCCUUUGGUGAAGUUUUGAGAUCCACUCAGGAAGCCAUUGUUCUACCUCCAUGGGUUGCCCUGGCUGUUCGUCCAAGGCCUGGUGUUUGGGAAUACAUAAGAGUGAAUGUCCAUGCUCUUGUGGUUGAAGAGCUGCGUGUGGCUGAGUACUUGCACUUCAAAGAGGAACUUGUGGAUGGAAGUUCUAAUGGGAACUUCGUGCUUGAGUUGGAUUUUGAGCCAUUUGCUGCAUCGUUUCCCCGUCCCACUCUUUCAAAGUCAAUUGGGAAUGGUGUGGAGUUUCUGAACCGCCACCUUUCUGCAAAGCUUUUCCAUGACAAGGAAAGCAUGCACCCGCUGCUUGAGUUUCUCAGAGUUCACUGCUACAAGGGAAAGACUAUGAUGCUGAAUGACAGAAUUCAGAACGUUAACGCCCUCCAAUAUGUUCUUAGGAAGGCAGAGGAGUUUCUGUCUGCACUUGCCCCCGAAACACCCUAUGCUAAGUUUGAGCACAAGUUCCAGGAGAUUGGUUUGGAAAGAGGGUGGGGUGACACUGCUGAGCGUGUACUAGAGAUGAUUCAACUUCUUUUGGAUCUUCUUGAAGCUCCUGACCCGUGCACCCUUGAGAAAUUUCUUGGGAAAAUCCCUAUGGUAUUUAACGUUGUAAUUAUGUCUCCCCAUGGCUAUUUUGCCCAGGAUGAUGUCUUGGGAUAUCCUGACACUGGUGGCCAGGUUGUUUAUAUCUUGGAUCAAGUUCGAGCAUUGGAGAAUGAGAUGCUUAAUCGCAUCAAGCAACAAGGCUUGGAUAUCACUCCUCGUAUCCUCAUCGUCACUCGACUCCUCCCUGAUGCAGUUGGAACCACAUGUGGUCAGCGCCUCGAGAAGGUAUAUGGGACAGAGCAUACCCAUAUUCUUCGAGUUCCCUUUAGAGACGAGAAGGGAAUUGUCCGGAAAUGGAUCUCGAGAUUUGAAGUUUGGCCCUAUCUUGAGACUUACACUGAGGAUGUUGCACAUGAACUUACUAAAGAGUUACAAGGGAAGCCAGAUCUGAUCAUUGGAAACUACAGUGAUGGGAACAUUGUUGCCUCAUUGUUGUCACAUAAAUUUGGUGUUACAGAGUGCACCAUAGCCCAUGCGCUUGAGAAGACUAAGUAUCCUGAAUCUGACAUCUACUGGAAAAAAUUCGAGGAGAAGUAUCACUUCUCUUGCCAGUUCACUGCUGAUCUUAUAGCUAUGAAUCACACCGAUUUCAUUAUCACAUCUACUUUCCAAGAAAUUGCUGGAAGCAAAGAUACCGUUGGUCAAUACGAGAGUCACACUGCUUUUACCCUUCCGGGGCUCUAUCGCGUUGUUCAUGGGAUUGAUGUUUUUGAUCCUAAGUUCAACAUUGUGUCCCCUGGAGCAGAUAUGAGCAUCUACUUCCCUUACUUUGAGAAGGAAAAGAGGUUGACAUCCUUCCACCCUGAAAUCGAAGAGCUCCUAUACUCUGAAGUGGAGAAUAAGGAACACUUGUGUGUUUUGAAAGACCGAAACAAGCCCAUCAUAUUCACAAUGGCGAGGUUGGAUCGUGUGAAAAACAUCACAGGUCUUGUAGAGUGGUAUGGAAAGAACAAACGUCUUCGGGAGUUGGUCAACCUUGUUGUCGUUGCUGGAGAUCGGAGAAAGGAGUCUAAGGACUUGGAGGAGCAAGCUGAGAUGAAGAAAAUGCACGGUCUCAUCGAAACCUACAAGUUGAAUGGCCAGUUUAGAUGGAUUUCAUCCCAGAUGAACCGAGUCAGGAACGGAGAGCUCUAUCGUUACAUUGCAGACACAAAGGGAGCCUUUGUGCAGCCUGCCGUAUAUGAAGCUUUCGGCCUCACAGUUGUUGAGUCAAUGACUUGUGGAUUGCCUACAUUUGCUACUUGUAAUGGUGGUCCAGCUGAGAUUAUUGUGCAUGGGAAAUCUGGCUUCCACAUUGAUCCCUACCAUGGUGAUAAAGCAGCCGAACUUCUUGUUGAUUUCUUUGAGAAGUCCAAGGCAGACCCUUCUCACUGGGAGAAAAUCUCCCAGGGAGGCUUGAAGCGGAUCCUCGAGAAGUACACAUGGCAGAUCUAUUCUGAGAGGUUGUUGACCCUCACUGGGGUUUACGGGUUUUGGAAGCACGUUUCUAACCUUGAUCACCGCGAGAGCCGCCGUUACAUUGAGAUGUUCUACGCACUCAAGUACCGUAAGUUGGCUGACUCUGUUCCACUCGCUGUCGAUAAUUGAGACUAGUAAGAGGCGGAAGGAAAAGCAUUUGGGGGGUGGGUGGCUGGCUGGCAACGAGUGGAGCUUUUUUUCUAAGUUUGGAGGAAUAAUGGCCAUUGCUUUUGAGAUUUGUGAUUAGGACUUUAGACCAAAAGCUUUUUUUUUUUUUUUUUUUUUUUUUUCCCCUUCGUGGUUGUUGGAAAUGUUUGGAACUCGGGGUUUUAGCCCCAUCCAUUAUCAAUUCAAUGUCGUGCCUUUGUUUUA